GACGAAAACAAAAACCAACACCCAAAACCUUUGGAGGGAGCUCAUUUCAUUUGGUUUUGUUUGUAGUAAUAGUAGUUGUUUCUCUCUAAACUAGUACUGUACUUUGGGAGUGAAGGGUAAGACAUUCGUUAUCGGUUUCGUUCAUGUCACUGUCGCUCACUGCCUAACUCACAAAACCAAAGCAAAAACCUUUCACGCCUCUAUAGCCUACAGUACAUAUAUAUGAUACAUCCAUGCUCCCACGCCUCUCACCUCUCCUCCGCACGUCCACAUUCCCCACUACAAUGGCGCGUGUCAUCCCACGCGCCGCCGCUGUCCCUCUCAGCCACACACCGAACGCCGUCGCUUUCGUCCGCCUUCCCUCCGCGCGUUUAGGUUUCGUUGCCAAUGCGAACCGUUUUGGCUUCGUCUCUCAGUCCCUGAAACCGUCGAUAUCGGACGGUCAGGGCUUGAGUCCACUCCGAGGAAAGGUUUGGGCUUCGCAGAGAGAGUACCGGAAAGUGAGGAGGCGUCCGAGGAAGAGCAAGGAGAAGGAGUUGGAGCUCAAUGUCAGUAUUUGUAUCGAAGAAGAUUUGCCUGACGAUCCUGAAGUUUUGAGUAUUGCAGAGAUGCUUCGUUUAAAUGUUCCAAUGGCUAUGAAGCUAGCAUUUGAUGGCUUGAAAGAUUCAGCAUACAAAACAAGGGAUACUGCUAUAAAUGAUGUUGGUGGAUUUGAAAGUGUUGAGCUGUCUGUGCUUCUUUGCAAUGAUGAGUUUAUUUGCAAACUUAAUAAAGAAUGGAGGGAUGAGGAUCAUGCCACUGAUGUUCUCUCCAUGUCAGAACAUGUCCCUGAACUUAAGCUUCCAAUUCUUAUGUUAGGUGACAUCGUAAUUUCUGUUGAGACAGCUGCAAGACAAGCAGAGGAAAGAGGGCACACUCUUCUUGAUGAGAUACGCAUCCUCAUGGUUCAUGGAUUGUUACAUCUUUUGGGAUUUGAUCAUGAGCUUAGUGAAGAGGCUGAAGCAGAAAUGGAGAAGGAAGAGGAACUUCUUUUGAAGAGUCUUGGAUGGAAGGGGAAAGGAUUAAUUCAGAGUGCAUAUGAUGCUGAAAAUAGUGCAUACUCUCAUAAGGAAAAUACAGAUGACAGGAAGAAAGAAGGCAGUCUUCGAUUUUAUAAACCAAAGUUCAACUACAUCUUCUGUGAUAUGGAUGGCACAUUGCUAAACAGCAAAAGUCAAGUUACGCCAGCAAAUGCCAGGGCUUUGAAAGAGGCCAUGUCAAGGGGUGUGAAAGUAGUGAUAGCCACUGGAAAAGCUCGUCCAGCUGUGAUAGAAAGUUUAAAGAUGGUAGAUUUAGCUGGAAAAGAUGGCAUUGUUUCGGAAUUUUCUCCUGGCGUUUUCUUACAGGGACUGAUUGUUUAUGGUAGACAAGGUCGGGAAAUAUUUAGAAGGAAUUUAGAUCCAGAUGUCUGCAGAGAGGCCUAUCUUUAUUCUUGGGAGAAUAAAGUUCCUCUCGUAGCAUUCACCAAAGAUCGAUGCUUAACCCUAUUUGAUCACCCACUGGUUGACUCACUGCACACCAUAUAUCAUGAGUCAAAGGCAGAGGUCAUUCCUUCAGUUGAGAGUCUCUUAGCUGCAGCUGAGAUACAGAAAGUGAUCUUCAUGGACACUGCUGAGGGAGUGUCAACUACUUUGCGGCCAUACUGGUCAGAAGCAUUUAGAGAUCGUGCAACUGUUGUUCAAGCUGUACCAGACAUGCUUGAAAUUGUUCCCCAUGGGACCUCUAAAGGGGGUGGAGUGAAAAUUCUGCUUGAUCAUUUGGGAAUCACUGCAAAAGAGAUAAUGGCUAUUGGUGAUGGGGAAAAUGACAUUGAGAUGCUUGAGCUGGCUAUGUUAGGCAUUGCUCUUAGUAAUGGAUCAGAGAAGACAAAAGCUGUCGCUAAUGCAAUUGGUGUCAGCAAUGAUGAAGAUGGUGUUGCUGAUGCCAUAUAUCGGUAUGCGUUCUGAGCUUCAGUUCAAGCAUGAAAAUUUGGACUAGAAUAAAUAGAUACAAGGGAGGCAUCCCAAUGUUGUAUUCACUCAUUUUUAUUAUUUUCCUCUUCAAAGAAACACUAAAUGAGCUUAGCUAGAAAGGCAAUAAGUUUUGUCAAUUUUUACUCAUCAAAUCAGAUUUGAAAAGCUUAAAAAAUAAUCAUACUUUAAAUAAAUUUUAUCUUUGGGGUUUUCAAUUGACUUUUGUUGUGGAAUCAUUCUUAGUAUUUAUAAAAAUCUUCAAUUACAUCA